CUUCAGGGUUCAGCCUGCGGGUGGCAGACUGAAGCUGUGAAUAUGAGUGAUGACAAACCGUUCCUCUGCACUGCUCCUGGCUGCGGACAGCGAUUCACAAAUGAAGACCACCUGGCGGUGCAUAAACACAAGCAUGAGAUGACCCUGAGGUUCGGUCCGGCGCGCAGCGACAGCGUCAUCAUCGCUGACCAGACGCCGACUCCGACCCGCUUCCUGAAGAACUGCGAAGAGGUGGGCCUGUUUAACGAGCUCACCAGCCCGUUUGAGCAUGACUUUAAAAAGGCCACGGAGGAGGACAUUAAAAAGUUGCCGCUGGACUUGUCUCCUCUUGCAACUCCAGUCGUUCGAAACAAAGUAGAGCAGCAAACUCCCAUGGAGUCGCACAGAGACAGUCCUCUUCCCCACCCAGAGUCGACCACCGUUGAUGACAAGGAGGUUUCUUUGCAGCCGUCCUCUCUGCCUCCGUCCACUAUAGUCCGCCCUCCAUCCCUUCAAGUUCCCAAUGUGCUUCUGGCCAACUCUGAGGCUGGUGUUGUUAUUCAGCAAGCUCUCCCGUCACCAACAUCUAGCUCUGUUAUAACCCAGGUCCCGUCCUCUAGUAGACCCAUAGUUCCGGUGUCUGGCACCUUUCCGGUUCUGCUUCAGCUGCCGAACGGUCAGACCAUGCCAGUCGCUAUUCCAGCCACCAUUGCCAGCUCCAGCGUGCACAUCCCCACUGCCAUUCCUCUGGUCAGACCAGUCACCGUAGUGCCUAGUGUUCCAGGAAUCCCCGGCCCCGCCUCGCCACAGCCCGUCCAAUCAGAAGCCAAGAUGAAGCUGAAGGCAGCACUCAGCCAGCAGAUCCCUCAGGUAACCAAUGGCGACGCAGUAGACAUCCAGAGCAGCUCGGCCAGUGAAACUCCGCCUCCAGCCCCGCCUCCACCUGAGGAACCUCGCCCAAAGUCAUUGCAGCAGCCUGCGACAUCUACUACUGAAACACCUGUGUCUCCUGCUCCUCCAGCCCAGCACACACCCAGUACAGGAGGCCGACGGCGGAGAACCACCAGCGAGGACCCUGACGAGAAAAGAAGGAAGUUUCUGGAAAGGAACCGAGCUGCGGCGUCUCGCUGCAGACAGAAGAGGAAAGUCUGGGUACAGAGUCUGGAAAAGAAAGCUGAAGACUUGGGCUCUGUGAAUGGACAGCUACAGAACGAGGUGACUCUUCUGCGUAAUGAGGUGGCUCAGCUCAAGCAGCUCUUACUGGCUCAUAAGGACUGUCCUGUGACGCUCAUGCAGAAGAAGUCCGGAUACCAGCCGCUGGAUAAAGAGGACAGCUGUGGUGAGAUGUCUGUUUCCAGCAGCCCCCAGAACGAGGCCAUCCAGCACAGCUCCAUCAGCACAUCCAAUGGUGUGAGUUCGUCCACAGCGGCCUCCGUCCUCACAGCAUCCAGCCCUGCAGCCGGAGCCGCCGCUGACCCCAGCACAGAGGACGAGGAUGAGGACGAGCACGGCCAGCCUUCGGGAAGCUGAUCUGAGACCUGCUCGCCACUCAUUUCAGUAAAAAAAGCACUUCAGCCGUUAUGUAGAAACCAGACUGAUGGGGUAAUGUUUUCUGAAAUUGUCCACUUUAGUUUAUUUGCCUUUAUUUUGCACAAGUGAAAGUUUGUUUUUAAUGAUUAUUGUUUAUUUGGCCAUUCUUACAGCUCCUCUAGAGUAAAACAUUUGAGUUUUACCGUCUUUGAAUCCAUUCAGCCAAUCUCAGAGUCUCAUUAUUAGCUUAGCUUAGCAUAGUUCACUGAAUCGAAUUAGACCAUUAGCAUCGCACUCAAAAAUAGUUUUUCUUCCAUUUGUGGAGAUUGAAAAACCAUGAGUGGAAUUGUCUGGGAUUGUCCACUUUAUUUAUUUGUCUUUGUUUUGCACAUGAAUGAAAGUUUUUUUAAUAAUUGUUUUUAAACGAACGCUCCACCUUAUUUUUGGAAACAGGCUCAUUUUACAGCUCCUCUAGAGUAAAACAGUCGAGUUUUACUGGUUUUGAAUCUAUUCGGCCAAUCUCAGUCUCACUAUUAGCUUAGCUUAGCAUAAUUUAUAGAAUCGGAUUAGACUGUAGCAUCUCGCUCAAAAAUAGUUUUGAUCAUUUUCCUAUUUAAAGCUUGACUGUUCUAUUGUUACAUCGCACUCUAAAGCUGUGUUCACACCAAACGCGGCACGUGCGGAUAAAUCACGCUAUUCGCGCGUAAAUAGACGCAUGAACGUUUUUAAUUUACUCGCUUCACUCACACCGCCUUAUUCGCGAGUAUCAUGCCGCAGGAUGUCUAUUUGCAUCUUUACAAUAACUUAACAUGUAAAUCACUUACGAUUGGCGCUUCUUCCAUGUCUGGUGUGAACGCAACAUUAGACUGACUGAAAAUUCAGGACUGUUUUCAGGUGCUGUGUAAUAUCAAUGAUCCUGCUGAGGUCAUGGCAUUGAAAGUUCCUUAAUUAUUACCCCUGAAUAAGAGUAUAGUUCCUAGACAUCGAAAUAGAGUGAUUUUCAGUUCCCAUAGAGUAAAACAGUUGAGUUUUACUGUUUUUGAAUGCGUUCAGUCGAUCUCCGGGAUUCACUUUUAGCUUAGCUUAGCAUAGUUCACUGAAUCAGAUUAGACCGUUAGCAUCUCGCUCAAAAUGAAUUAGUUUUGAUAAUUUUCCUAUUUAAAGCUGGACUCUUCUGUUGUUACAUCGUGUACUAAGAUGCGAGCCUUCAGGCGGCUGAUCUGAGACAAUCUCAACUCAUUUCAGAGAAAAGCACUUCAGCUGUUAUGUAGAAACCAGACUGAUGGGAUAAUGUUUUUUUUCAUUUGUGGAGAUUGAGAAUGAUCAAAGGAUCGUUUGGAUCGAUAGGAUCGAUAAAUUGCUUUUAAAUGAACACUCCACUUUAUUUUGGGAAACAGGCUAAUUUUACAGCUCCUCCAGAGUAAAACAGUUGAGUUUUGUCAUUUUUUAAUACAUUCAGCCAAUCUCAGAGUCUCACUGUUAGCUUAGCUUAGCAUAGUUCAUUGAAUCAGGUUAGACCAUUAGCAUCUCGCUCAAAAAUAACAAGAGUUAGAUAAUUUUUCGAUUCAAAGCUUGACUCUUCGGUUCUUACAUCGUGCACUAAGACCGACGGAAAAUUCAGGAAUAUUUUUAGGUGCUGUGUAAUAUUAUUGAUCCUGCCGAAGUCAUGGUACUUCAGGAAAGUUCCUUGAUUAUUACACCAGAAUAAGAGUAUAGUUCCUGGACAUCGAAAUAGCGUAAUUUUACAGCUCCUUCAGUUCAAAACAGUUGAGUUUUACUGUUUUUGAGUCCAUUCAGUCGAUCUCCGGGUCUCACUUUUAGCUUAGCUUAGCAUAGUUAAUUGAAUCAGAUUAGACCAUUAGCAUCUUGCUCAAAAUUAACAAGAUUUUUUAUCAUUUACCUAAUUAAAGCUUGAAGCUUCUGUAGUUACAUCAUACACUAAAACCGACUGAAAAUUCAGGACUAUUCUCAGGUGCUGUGUAAUAUCAUUGAUCCUGCCGAAGUCAUGGUACUUCAGUAAAGUUCCUUAAUUAUUAUGCCAGAAUGAUAUCUAAGUUCCUGGACAUCGAAGUAGAGUUAUUUUCAGCUCCCCUAGAGUAAAGUAGUUGAGUUUUACCAUUUUUUAAUCCAUUCAGUUGAUCUUUGGGUCUCAUUAUUAGCUUAGCUUAGCAUAGUUCAUUGAAUCAGGUUAGGCCGAUAGCAUCUCGCUCAAAAAUAGCAAGAUUUUUUCUUACUUUCGUGGAGAUCGAAAAAAGUAUGAAUGGAAUUGUCCACUUUAAUUUAUUUGCCUUUAUUUUGCACAGGAGUGUUUUUUAUUUAAAUUUUUUAUAAUUGUUUUUAAACGAACACUUUUGUUGGAAAUAGGCUCAUUUAUAUGUCCUCUAAAGUAAAAAAGUUGAGUUUUACUGUUUUUGAAUCCAUUCAGCCGAUCUCAGAGUCUCAAUUUUAGCUUAGCUUAGCAUAGUUCAUUGAAUCGGAUUAGACCGUUAGCAUCUCACUCAAAAAUAACAAGAUUUUUGAUCAUUUUUCUAUUUUAAACUUAACUCUUCUGAAGUAACAUAGUGUACUAAGACCGACAGAAAAUUCAGGCCUAUUUUUAGGUGCUGGUUUUUAUCAUUGCGUACUUCAGCAAAGUUACUUGUUUAUAACGCCAGAAUGAGAGUAUAGUUCCUCGCCAUACUGACCUAGAAACUAGCAACUUUUCUUUUCCAUCAAUCUAAGCACACAAUCUACCUACAGAUAAGUCAAGCUUUAAAUAGGAAAACUAUCAUAAAUCUUUGGUCAUUUUUUGACAAGAUGCUAAUGGUCUAAUCCAAUUUAAUGAUCUAUGCUAAGCUAAGCUAAAAGUGCUCCCGCUAGACCUGGAGAUCGGCUGAAUGGAUUUAAAGAUGGUCAAAUUCAACUUUAGGAGAGCUUUAAAAUGAGACUAUUACCAAAUAAAGUGAUAUGUUCCUUUGAGUGAACCUGAUAUGAGGAGCAGCUUUAAAACAAUAUCAGUCUUCUAGCGCCGUGUUGUUGUGGUGUGAAUGUGUUUGACAUGAAUGAUUGUUUUCUCAGCAGUGAUUGUAGGACUUUUUUAAAACGCUUGCUUAUAUAUGUGCCAUUUAUUUAUUAAUUUAUUUACUCGUCUGUGAUUUCAGUUUCUUUUAGUCUUAAUUCCAUCUCUGUUUUAGGUGAUUAGUGAUUCCCCAGGAAGCUUUUCAUGGACUCAUUUUGAUAAGAAGCGUGAUGCUUUUUUUUAAGUGACGUUUUUCCUGAUUACUUACUUACAAAGUGGCUGACUUUGUAUUCGUGGUGUCAUUAGUUCAUUCACUUUGGUCGUCUUUCUGAUUACAGUGUAAUUAAGGAAGCAUUGUAUAUGCCAUUACGAUGAAAUCAUUGUAUGUGAUCUCUUCUGGUAAUUUGUCUUAGGAUCAUGACAAAAAAAGUUUAAAAGAAACUGAAAAAACCUUCAAAUAAGCCAAUCUUAAUAGCAGUUCUGACUUUAGAUAUAAAACUGAACUGAUCUUUAAAUAAUGACUCUUUUAAGUUCAACUAUUAGGGGAUAGUUCACACAAAAAUGAAGAAUGUUGGAAACUUAUAACCAUUGACUUUCAUUGUAUUUGUUUUUCUUACUAUGGAAGUCAAUGGUUACCGGAAAUAUCUUCAACAGAAUAUGUUCAACAGAAUAGAAAAUGAAAAAUCAGUCAACAAUUUGAAGAAUGUUGGAAAACCUGUAACCAUUGACUUUCAGUGUAUUUGUUUUUCCUACUAUGGAAGUCAAUGUCUGCCAGAAAUAUCUUCAACAGAAUAUGUUCAACAGAAUAGAAAAUGAAAAGUCAGUCAACAGUUUGAAGAAUGUUGGAAAACCUGUAACCAUUGACUUUCAUUGUAUUUGUUUUUCCUACUAUGGAAGUCAAUGUUUACCGAAAAUAUCUUCAACAGAAUAGAAAAUGAAAAAUCUGUCAACAGUUCGAAGAAUGUUGGAAAACCUGUAACCAUUGACUUUGUGUAUUUGUUUUUCCUACUAUGGAAGUCAAUGGUUAUCGGAAAUAUCUUUAACAGAAUAUGUUCAACAGAAUAGAAAAUGAAAAAUCAGUCAACAAUUUGAAGAAUGUUGGAAAACCUGUAACCAUUGACUUUCAUUGUAUUUGUUUUUCUUAAUAUGGUAGUUAAUGGUUACCGGAAAUAUCUUCAACAGAAUAAAGUAAACAAAAAAAAUAAAAAGUAAAAAAAAUUAAAAAUUUGGGGCCGAUACCAAUAUCAUGGAAUAAUAAAAACAAAAUACUUAAGAUGGUUAAGGUUAGGGUUAUGGUUAGGUUAGGGUUAGUAUAUUAUAUGCAGUACCAGUCAAUAUAUGCAUAUUGUAGUACAGUACCAUGUAAAAGAACACUUACCCAUCCAUGUAUGCAAACUUUUGACUAGCACUAUAUAAAAAUGCAGUAUAUUUAUGUAAACAUAGUAGAUAUAGAUAUAUAAACACAUUUUUGCUGUGAUUUAUUCAGGAAGCACAGCAUUUCCAAAUGUAAACACCUGAAAUCAAUUAAGGAAUAAUAAUGAAAAACAAACUGAUUUGGCAUGUUUUAUUCUGUUGUAGUCUAAAUAGUCAGUAUUUUUUGUCAACAAUUUGAGGAAUGUGGAAAACCUGUAACCAUUGACUUUCAUUGUAUUUGUUUUUCCUACUAUGGAAGUCAAUGGUUACCGGAAAUAUCUUCAACAGAAUAAAUAAACUCAGAAUGGUUUAGAACCACUUGAGGGAGAGUAAAUAGUAGAGCCCGACUGAUAUGUUUUUUUGUUUGUUUGUUUGUUUUUUUUCAGAUACCGAUAUUAUGGAGUAAAAAAAUACUUAUGACCGAUAAGGUUAGGGUUAGCAUAUUAUAUGCAGUGCCAGUCAAUAUAUGCAUAUUGUAGUACAAAACAAGUCCAAAGAACACUUAACCAUCCAUGUGUGCAUUGGGUGGGUGGU